ACAAUGUGGAGCCACUCGUUUAAUCAAGCAGCAAAUUGCUGACUCUCUCUCUUAUUGCUAUGGUCUCACAAGUGAAUUCUUUUAUUUGCUACUAUUUAUUAUUUGUCUUAACAAUAUCAAUCUUUAUCAUAUGGGCCAAAAGAAUCAUGUGCAUUUAGUUGAAUAGUUGAUAUUGACAUAGUACAAAGACCUUAGGUUGUCGGAGGACAUGAGUAUGCACGUUUAGAUCUAUGCAAGUGUAGCACCUGGUUAUCGUUCUGGGAUCUGCUCUUACAUAUCAGCAUUAUUACAAUAUUUCUCUACUCGUCAACUGUACCAUCCACUCACUUAAUUGGUUCAAAUUAAUUUAAAUUCUACCUUGAAUAUGCCAGUCGAACACAUCCUUGGAAAAUUAGUGCCUCUUCUAUCAUCUUAAAAUAGGUGGAACUUUGUCUGAUUUAUGCUGACAUCUCGAUAUUACCUAUCUCAUUUUAGCCCCUUCACAGCUGGUAGAUACCACAGCCUUGUAAUAGAUAAGGACACUUUCCCCAAAGACGAUCUUGAGAUAACUGCGUGGACAGAAGACGGUCUUAUAAUGGCUGCUCGUCACAAAGUUUAUCGACAUCUACAGGGGGUGCAAUUCCAUCCUGAAAGCAUCAUCACAGCUGAAGGCAAGACAAUAGUUCGCAAUUUUGUCAAAUUGAUAGAGCAGAAGGAAAAAGCAGAAACUCAAGACUAGACCCUCUUUACUCAUGUACAAUAUUGUGAUUUUGCCUAAAAUAACCAACACAAAAGUAUGUUCUUUUUCUUUGUUGUAACUAGCAAGGUAAUUCAAAAGUUGUCCAUA